AUGACUCACGACCUUGUGGAAAAGGCCUCGAAGGAGACGGUCAGCUCCACCUCUGGGGGGUAUCUGGCUCCCCUGCCGCCUCGAACGGUCGAUCUCGAGUCACAGCGCCGUCCUAGUACCCUCCAUGAUAGCGUCGAGCUUGAGCGCAUCAACACAUUUCGCCUACAGCAGCAACUUACCGUUGGAUCGAAUCGAAGUCGCAUUCCUCGAGAGCAAUGGCUGCCCAUGGGAGCAGGAAAAGACUAUCCCCCUCCCCUCCCGGACGCGGAAUAUGUGGUCGAGUUCGAAGGCUCGGACGACCCCAUGCAUCCCCAGAAUUGGCCUAUGAGAAGGCGUGUUCUUAUAGGGUCGCUCCUGACGUUCUGUGCACUUGUCACGGCGUAUGUCAGUGCUAUCUUCGCCACGGCCUCGGAGGGUGUUAUGAAGGAGUUCGGAUUCGGGAAAGAAGUCGCUGCGCUGGGUACCACGCUAUAUGUGCUGGGGUUUUCUGCCGGACCGACGAUAUGGGCGCCGGCGUCUGAGUUGAUCGGGCGACGAGGGCCCUUGUUAGUUGGCAUGUUCGGAUUCGAUAUCUUCACGAUCGCCUGCGCGACGGCGAAAGACACGCAAACUAUCAUGUUGACACGCUUCUUCGCGGGAUUCUGCGCCGCUAGUGUCAUCGCUCUUGUCCCGGCCAGUCUGUCGGAUCUGUUCAAUAACCAACAUCGAGGGGUUGCGAUCGCCGUGUAUACGAUGUCGGUGUUUACCGGGCCUUUUACCGCGCCAUUUAUCGGUGGGUUCACAGCAGAGAGCUACUUAGGUUGGCGGUGGACGCUCUAUAUACCAGCCUUUGUCGGGUUCUUCAGCUUGAUCCUAAUGGCGCUGUUCGCACAGGAAACGUACGCGCCUGUCGUGUUAAUGCAAAAAGCGGCCAUCCUGCGUCGUCAAACCAGGAACUGGGGGAUUCAUGCGCGGCAGGAUGAACAGGAGAUCGAGUUCCGCGAGCUGGUGACUAAAAACCUGGCGCGGCCCUUUCUGAUCUUGUUCACCGAGCCCAUCGCCUUCCUUCUGACGUUGUAUAUGUCCUUCAUUUAUGGACUGGCCUAUGCGCUGCUGUCGGCCUACCCGAUUGUCUUCCAAGGCACCUAUGGCAUGACCGGUGGUGUGAGCGGAUUGCCAUUUAUCGGAUUGAUUAUUGGCGAAAUCUCGGGCAGUAGUUUCGUUCUCUCGCUUCAGAAGUCGUACUCGCGGAAGUUGGAGGCUAAUAGUAAUGUGCCUGUCCCUGAGUGGCGAUUGCCCCCUUGCAUCGUGGGUGGUGUUGCGUUCGCGGGAGGGCUCUUCUGGUUUGGAUGGACCGGUUGGAGUCCCUCGAUUCAUUGGAUGGCUCCCACGGCGGCCGGUGUGAUGGUCGGCUUCGGCAUCACGUCGAUAUUCAUGCAGGGGUUCAAUUACCUCCUGGAUUCGUACCUGAAUUUUGCGGCAUCGGCGUUCGCGGCUAACACUAUGAUGCGAUCCAUGGUGGGAGCGUGUUUCCCACUUUUCACGCGACAGAUGUUCAAUAACCUGGGUAUUCAAUGGGCAGGCACUUUACUUGGUUGUAUCGCCGUCGUGAUGAUUCCGAUCCCGGUGCUUUUCCUCGUAUUCGGCCCUCGACUCCGCCAGAGGAGUCGGUUGGCACCAGCCGUGGGGGUAAAACGGGCGUAG